CCUCCGUCGCUAGCGACGCUCCGGCCGGCGCCCCCGCGCCGCCAUGGACCAGGAUGACGGGCUCACGGCCGUGGACAACCUGGUCACGCAGUUCAACACCUACGAGGAUUUCCUCGACUCGCAGAUCACCACGGUGGACCUGUACUACCUGGAGGACGAGAGCUUGGCCCGCCAGCUGGUGGAGCUUGGCUACCGGGGCACCGGCGAGAUCGUGACGAGGGAAGAUUUCGAGGCGAGGAAGGCCGCCAUCGAGGUUGCAAGGCUGGCGGAGAGAACCCAGAAAAAGGCACUAAUAAGUGCCGGGAAAGACCUGCAUGACAAUUUCUUGAAGGCCCUGGCCACUCGAGAAGAAGACAAUCGCAACGGAAAACUGAGCAAAAUCGCUGAUUUACCACCCGCGCCGCUUCUUCCCCGGGGAACUGCUGGGACAAACCAUCGUACCUCCAAGGCAUAUUGGUAUCAUGUCAGCGAACAAUAUACCGGUUAG